AUGAUGGCUUCCGACGUUGGCAAAACGGGCGAACAGCUCGACAAGACGAGUCUGUCGCCGUUUGGCGAAGCGAGGGCGACUGUGAACGACAAUCCGCUCAGCGAGGACGAGGUCAACAAGCUCACCGAGUAUUUCCAUGCGACCCUAUAUCUGUGUCUGGGAAUGAUCUAUUUGAGGCAGAACCCGUUGCUUCGCGAGCCCCUUACUAUCGACCACUUGAAAAGACGUCUCCUGGGUCACUGGGGCUCGGAUGCUGGGCAAAGCUUCACGUACAUUCACAUGAACCGCCUGAUUAAGAAGUACGAUCUGAACGCGAUCUUCAUUUCUGGUCCUGGCCAUGGUGCACCAGCCGUUCUUUCGAAUUCCUACCUUGAGGGCACGUACUCUGAAGUAUAUCCGGACAAGAGUGAGGAUCUCGAUGGUAUGAGGCGAUUCUUCAAACAGUUCUCGUUUCCUGGUGGCAUUGGGUCGCAUGCAACGCCAGAGACACCAGGAAGCUUGCAUGAGGGUGGAGAACUCGGAUACUCGAUAUCACACGCUUUCGGCACGGUGUUUGAUCACCCUGAUCUCAUCACUCUCACGAUGGUGGGCGAUGGUGAAUCUGAAACCGGUCCGCUUGCAACCAGUUGGCAUUCGACAAAAUUCCUAAAUCCUAUUACCGAUGGAGCAGUCAUUCCAGUAUUGCAUUUGAACGGAUACAAGAUCAACAAUCCCACUGUCUUGUCUCGCAUAAGCCACACAGAACUCGAGGCACUCUUUAUCGGAUACGGCUGGACUCCUUACUUUGUUGAAGGGAGCGAUCUGCCCACGAUGCACCAGGCCAUGGCCACCACCCUGGAGAAGUGCAUCACCGAGAUCAGGUCAUAUCAGAAGAAGGCCCGGGAUUCCGGCAAGGCUUUUAGGCCGAUGUGGCCGAUGAUCGUGUUGCGAACCCCGAAAGGUUGGACCGGACCGCGCAAGCUAGGGGACCAUUUCUUGGAAGGCUUCUGGCGGUCCCAUCAAGUUCCCAUCACCGAUGUCCUGAAGAACAAAGCCAGUUUGCAGAAGCUAGAAAAGUGGAUGCGGAGCUAUCGGCCAGAGAAGCUAUUUGGUCAGGAUGGAAAGCUCAGACCUGAUCUGAGGGAGCUCGCUCCCACUGGCACCCGCAGGAUGAGCGCCAAUCCAAUAACCAAUGGUGGUGUGCUCCGCCGUAAACUCAACUUGCCUGACUGGCGCGACUACUGUGUCGAAGUGGAGAAGCAUGCUACCUCCAAAUUUGGGAGCAUGGGAAAUUUCGCAAAAUUCUUGAGAGAUGUUGUCGAGAGAAACCAGGAUCAGUUCCGUGUGUUUGGUCCGGAUGAGACCGAAUCUAAUAAGCUUAGCGCUAUUUACGAGGGCGGCAAGAAAGUUUGGCUCGGAGCUUAUUUUGAAGAGGAUCAAGACGGAGGCAAUCUUGCCUUCAGCGGACGGGUCAUGGAGAUGCUUUCAGAGCACACGGUUGAGGGUUGGCUCGAGGGAUACGUCCUAUCCGGUCGACACGGCCUGCUCAACUCGUACGAGCCUUUCAUUCACAUCAUCGACUCCAUGGUAAACCAACACUGUAAAUGGCUCGAGAAAUGCCUUGAAGUCGACUGGAGAGUAAAAGUCCCGUCGCUGAACAUCCUUCUCACGGCAACAGUUUGGCGUCAGGAUCACAAUGGCUUUACGCAUCAAGAUCCAGGUUUCCUGGACGUAGUGGCUAACAAAAGUCCAGAGGUCGUACGCAUCUACCUUCCUCCAGAUGCGAAUUGCCUGCUUUCCACUAUGGACCACUGCUUUCGCAGCUCGAACUAUGUCAACGUGAUUGUGGCCGAUAAACAGGAACACCUCCAGUUCUGCACCAAGGAGCAGGCGAUCGCUCAUUGCACUAAAGGUGUUGGCAUCUGGCCAUGGGCGAGCAAUGACCAGGGCGAAGACCCUGAUAUUGUUAUGGCUUCGUGCGGUGAUGUCGUUACUGCUGAAGCUCUUGCCGCCACUGCUCUCCUUCGUGAACACCUUCCCGGGUUGAAGAUCCGCUUCGUCAACGUUGUCGACUUGUUCAAGCUCAUAUCGCCAGACGAACACCCGCAUGGUUUGAAGGACCACGAAUUCAAAGCCAUCUUCACAGACGACAAGCCGAUCAUCUUCAAUUUCCAUUCAUAUCCGGGCAUCAUCCAUCGCAUGACCUACCGUCGAAAGGGCCAGCAUAAUUUGCACGUACGUGGCUACAGGGAAAAGGGCAACAUAGAUACUCCACUUGAGCUGGCUAUCCGAAACGGGAUCGAUCGGUUCAGUCUGGCAAUCGAUGCCAUUGACCAUGUUCAAGGCCUUGGCAACAAAGGUGGAUUGGCACGGGAGGCGUUGAUGGAUAAGCAGAUCAAAGCGAAGAACUAUGCGUAUCACGAGGGUCUAGAUCCCGAGGACCUUGAAGCUUGGACAUGGCCGCAAAAGCUCAGCAACCCGGAAUCUUGA